CUAAUUAUUUUUUCUUACUUGUUUGUAGCUAUUGUAUGUAUUAAUUUUUAUUUGUUUAAUUUUAAUGUACUAAUUUUUUCUAUCUUACUUGUUUGUAGCUUUUAUACGUUGAUUAGUUUGUCAUUGAGGAAGUUAGAGCCAAACGAGAAACUCCAGUUCUCAAAGGUUGGACAACCAAUAUGUUGUCAAGUCGUGAGAAAUUGGAAAUUUUUAAGGGGAGGCUUGGAGUUUUUUUAUAAAAACCAGAAGCUUGUUGGUCCUUCUGGCAGCAAACAACCAAAACUGGAACAAUCUGAUCCAAUUCAUACAAAAAAUGAAGAAAUUGAACAAGAUCCGAAGAAGAAAUGCCUUAUGGAGCUUGCAACAGCAUCUACAAAUCUAGUCUUGGCAUACAUGGAUUUCAGUGAAAAACAUGAAACUGCUGUUAAGUAUUUUCCAAACAAUGAGAAGAUUCAAAAGCUGAAGGAAGAUGCAAUGACUGUUUGUGAUGAGCAGAAGAUGAGCUCUAAAGCUUUGACUGAAGAUAUUCCUCUCUCAUUUAGCCAAGAUGAACAGUAUUGGCAAGAUCCAGCUGUAAUUGAAGCUUGGGAUAGGUUUUCGAAGAUUUCAGGCAAUGACAAGCAUGCUGAAUCUACAAUUUAUGCUAGGGUUGAUCAACUGAUUGAAUCAGAACCAAUUGAUAUUACUAAGAUUGCUGCUGAAUGUGUUGACAUAGCAAGUGGUAUACCUGAUGUUGAAGAUCCAUAUGUUAUCAUACAACCUAAGGUUGCUGAACAUGUAUUUAAAAAACUUGGAGAGUCAAGUACGAGAUAUAGUUUAAGAAGUUCAGUUGCCAAAGGAUGUGGAACUCCUUCAUUCAGCUUAGGAAUCUCUUCUCAAGAUGAUUCUCAUGAGAAGUCCCCCAGCAUUGCACCUACUGAUGAACCUGUAGUUGCUCCUGUGAGUGCACAAGUUGGUGCUUCUAAAUCAGUUGAUGAUGCUGAUGCUGUGAAUGCUCAAGAAGACCCAAUUGCGCUUAAGAGAAAAGGAGAUGCUGAAAAUGAGAGUUGUAUUCCAAAGAAGCGUAAAGUGCAACCAUCGUUGCAAAUUAGAUCUCCUUUUAAGUCUCGGAUUAUCAACAUAUAUACACCAUUAACAGCAGUUCAGAAAGGUGUUAUGGAUUCAUUUUUUCAUGAGAAGAAAAAUCGUUUUGAUGCAGGGUUUUUAUGCAAGGGUGAGCCUGAUAAUGAAGUAAUGCUAUUUCAACUUGAAAUGCUAAAAACUCAGAGCAAAAUUCAUGGCGAUAUCAUUAAUGCAUGGUCUACUGUUCUGAAUUUUAAUGAGCAAUAUAAAGAUGUCAAUUCUUGUGGACGUUUCUUUUUUGGUCUUAAUGCUGUUGAUUGCCUUUUUCAAUACGAAAGUGAUCGUGCUCAAGAAAGGAAUAAAAUGUUUUGUGAGGUUGUGGAGUUGGAAUUCAUCAAAACAAUCAUCCCAAAGAAAGAUAUUGAGCUUUUCUUUUUCCCGGUAUUUGAAAAGGAUCAUUAUUAUCUGGUAUGUUUUAACACCACCACAGACUGUGGUACAAUUGAGGUUAUUGAUUACAGUGAAGGUCCUAGAGAAAAUAAGAAAUUGCUUAAAAAUCUGAAAAGUGCAUUUUCAUAUUUCAUGAAUGGUGAAGGAAGUAUACAAAGUGUUGUUUUGUCAAAACAAAUCAAGUCUAUGGAGUCUGUUGUGGUUGAUUUACCUUGGAAGUCUUCAGAUGAUUAUCAUUUGCAUUGCGGUGUUGUAAUGAUGAGGCAUAUGGAAACAUAUAUGGGUUUGCAAAAGUGGAAUUCAGGUUUAAAGAAAAAUAAUACAUAAUCAUUGACAAACUUCGUUUGAAGUAUACCCUCUCAAUUAUUUCAAGUGAAGUAAAUACUGUUAAACCUGUUAAACAAGUUGUCCAAAAGAAAAAAAAAGGCUGAGGAAGCAAGUGAUGCUGAAGAAAGCUAGGGGCAGCAAUCCAAGAGCAAUUAACGGAGAGAAUUGAAGACUGAAGUUGAUCAAUUGUUCUUAGGAUUUGUAUAGUUUUUGUACAGAACAAUAGAAGUGUUAGUUUUAUGAUGUUCUUAAUAGGACAAAUGUGAUAAAUGUUCUUAGUUGAUCU